CACUAUCAAGUUCUGAAUUAAGGAUUCUUCUGUUUUGAAAAUUGAAAGCUGAUGUGUGUGAUCCCUCAACAUGCCGGAGAAUUGCACUCGUGUUUACACAUUACCAUCUACGAGAUUUAAGCAAUGGCCUCUGCAAACAUGAAUAUCAAAGGUGUGAAAAGAAGCCUUGAAAAUAAGCCUUGUACUUCACGUGGCCUCACUGUAGAAGGGAAUAAGCGUUUCUGUAUCCCUGCAGUCAACAGAAAAACAGAUCAGAUGUCCUUAGAUAAAGCAAAACAAGUUAUGUCACAAGUCAAAAGCAAACUACACACAUUUCCUCAUUCUAACAUCAACAAAGAAUUCAUUCAGUACAUUGAGUCGAUGAUUUCAAAGCUUGAUGUAACCUCUAAGAAGAAAACCACGGUGGGUGUGUUUGGUAAAUCAGGAGUGGGCAAGAGCUCCUUGAUAAAUACCAUCUUAGGAGAGAAAGACUUGCUGCCAUCAGGAAGCAUCACUGCAUGCACUUCAGUCAUUAUUCAAGUUGAGGCAAACACAACUGACUCCAACUACACAGCAGAGAUUGACUUCAUUCCCAAACAGGAGUGGGAAGAGGAGGUUAAAAAACACCUAGAUGCUUUGUCACAAGGCACAGAGAAUGAUGAAGACGAAGAUGAAGAUGAAGACACAUUGAGCACAGGUCAGGAGAAAGUUGAAGCCAUUUAUGGGGAUAAUAGACCAAAUGCUACCCUGGAAGAACUGAUGGAUGAACAGAAUUUUGAAGCCAUCCCAGAAUUCCUUGUGUCAUCCAAGAAAACAGUGUCAUGCACUGAUGUCACUGAAUUUUCAGAAGAGAUUAACCGCUUCACAAGGGCUGAUGCUUCCAGCCCUGGACAGUACUUCUGGCCACUGGUAAAAACUGUCACCAUCAAGAUACCCUCUGGUAACAACUUUGACAACAUUACCUUAAUUGACCUUCCUGGCACUGGAGAUUUCAAUAAAAGCAGAGACGAAAUGUGGAAGAAGUGCUUAAGCAGAUGUUCCACGGUGUGGAUUGUCAAUGAAAUUAACCGGGCUGCGACUGACAAGGAGCCUUGGAAGAUUCUCACCAGCUGCAUCAAAAACAUGGCGCAUGGAGGAGAGUGCAACAGCAUCACUUUCAUCUGCACAAAGACAGAUGACAUCGACCUCAAUGAACACAAGAAGAACUAUAAGUUGAAGGAUGAAGACCUGGAUAUCACAGCAACACAGGACCCAGUGGAGUAUGGAAAACAGCUGGAACGAGCCUGUAUACUACACCGGAAUGAAAAAUCCAAGGAAAAAGUCAGGACCAUGUUUUCCAAACAAACUGAGAUACAGGAUCAUUUCACGUGUGAUGAGGACUUCUUCAAGGUCUUCACAGUUAGCUCCAAGGUUUACCGACAGAAUGAAGAUGAACACAUUUUGAAUCAAGAGGACACAGAAAUUCCCGCACUUCGGAAACUGCUGGAGGCCCUUGACAAUAGUUGUCAGAGAACAACAGUAAAGGAUUACAUUCAAGGAGCACAUGGUAUUCUGUCCCUAAUUCAAGGAGCCAACAGUAAUGCCUCUGAGACCUUGGAGGUGAAACAUGAUGUUCUCAGGGCUCUGGAAAAAAAUCUAUUAGAAAAACUGGACUACUUGAAGGCAUUCUUCAUUGGACAGUCUGAUUGCUUGGAGUCAUGCCUUUCUGAAGGGGUUAAUGAAUCAAUGAAACGUUCCCUGGAAACUGCUGAUAAAGCAGUGAUAAAAACAAAAAUAAAGGAUGCAAGGGGAUAUCAUCGCACACUCAAGUCUUUGUGUGAGAACAACGGCUCCUGGAGGACUAAAAAUGGAAAAUUUUUAGAUCUGAAUAACUCUCUUGCUACUUACAUGCACAAAUGUGUUGAUGGACAAUUUCAAAAUAUGUUCCCAGUGGAUGGAAAACCAGACAAAUCAAUUAGUGGAAUGCUGGACAGAUUCAACAUCGUCAGCGAUGACAUCACUGAACGUUACAAGGAAUUUCCAGUGUCACUCAACCUGACAUUCAUUAAGACUGAGCAAAACAGACUGAUCUCAAGAAUCGAGGACAAGAUUUUUGAAAGGAAAAAGAAAAUCUACUAUGCUGUCUAUAAGUCCAUUCUCCUCACAAUGCAGCAAGUUUACCCUCAGGCUGCAGAACUACAUGGAAAGAAUUCUUUCACUGCGAGGCAGAAGUUGUUGAUGGACCACAUUGAGAUAUCAAAGGAAGACAUGUUUACCAGAGCCAAAACAACCAUGUUGGAACUCUUUGACAAGUUUGCAACAUACAUUGACGAGACUUUGAGAGGAGAGUUGGGUGGCAUUGUAAAAUAUGCCCUUACCAUUAAAGAUGGGGUGCCUCUUCCAGAUAUUAGUCGUGAGUUGAAAGAGAUGGAGUCCCUUGCCUCCAGUUUUGUUGACCUUCAGCCGUGAGGAAAUGCAGACAAACAGCAGUGCUUCAUCUCAUGGGUAUCAUUUGAUAUACAUUUUUAUAUAUUCCUUACACUGUAUGUGGUCAGUUUUCUUUUAAAACAUGUUAACAUUUUCAUUUUCCAACUCUUAUGAGGGCGAACGACACUUAUGCUGCACUCUGAGUAGGUUUUAUCGCUUGUAAAACAGCCAUAAGAAGUUGCUGUUCGGGUAGGAACAUCGCCCCCCUCCGAAAUCGAAAUGGAAAAGAGUUGCUACUCAAAGAUUGCACUUCUCAUCUGUAGGAGGACCCCAGGAGGAAAUCUUCUUUAGGUCUGUUUUAGAUGUAAGAUAAGGGGAUACAAGUAAUGUUUUUUUCUCUCAAUCUGUCACCUUGUGGAUUAUCUAGUAUACCUUUUGUACCUUUUACCAUGUGUAUUUUAUUGUGAUAUGAAAGCUUCAGUUUAUCCAUCAAUUGAAACACCUGUCUCAAUGACACCAUCAAGCCACCGUUCUUUUGUAUUUUGCCACCUGCAUCUUCAACAUCACUACAAUUGACCAAAAGGAUAGCAAACAUAUUGAUAUCCUGCAUAUAGCCCCACUGCCUGAAUAUUAAAACAUUUGAUGCCAAUGAAGAGACCAAGCACACUCCUUUUUAGAAUAAAAAAUAGCAAAUCCAUAUACAGUAGCAUUUUUGUAAUGUUCAAAAUGUCUAUCAGUUACAUUUAACAUUGUCCUUUGGUUAGUUUACUCUCAUUUAGUUUACUCUUUUUUCUUAAUUGUUAAAUGCAUUUAAGUACGUCUACAAAUGUUCCUGCCUUCAGUGCCUUGGUAUCAUUCCGUACCAUCAGAGUGCUACCAAGUAAGGAUUUUGUUUGUCACGUUUGUACUGUAGGCUUGCCACAGGUCAUAUAAUUUUUGGAAUGUCAUGGAUAUUUAAUAACGUCAUGGAACAUCAGGUUUUUUUAACCAUUUAAAUUUAACUUGCCAAAAAAUGAAAUAAAACAAACAUAUUUCAA